GUUUAUUUGCCACUGGUAAUCGAUACCUGAAGAAGAAGAGUAGAAGAAGAGUAGAAGAAGAGUAGAAGAAGAGUAGAAGAAGAGGAAGAAAUACAAAAAGAGUUCCUUUACCAAUCGUUACGAGACUUUCAAGACAAAAAAGACCUUGUGUACAGCAAAGGUUGGUUAUUAAGGUACUGGAUACACAGCCAUGAAGACCUUUGCUCUAAUCUUGGCAUUUUUGCUGAUUGAAGCAACAUCGUCAUACAGGAUCCCUGAAUCAUUUGAAUCGCUGAUCGACAGCCAAAGUGAUGAUCAAGUUACGGAUCCUAUCGCCAUUGAUGAAGGGAAAGAAAUACCUAAUUUGAUCGAUGGAGAUAUCUUGGUCAGCGACCAAAUGAAAGAGGAUUUAAAUAACGAUGCAUCUCAGAUCUCUAAGAGAAAUGCUCAGCGGAAUAGGAAUUACCUCUGGAGCGGAAGCACUGUUCCAUACGAGAUUGAUUCUACUUUGACAGAUAAGACUGACCUCAUUAACCAAGCUCUAAAUGAAUACCACACUCUUACUUGCAUUAAAUUUGUUCAAAGAACUAAUCAACAGUAUUGGAUCAAAUUCGUUAAAAAGACAGGAUGCUGGUCUUUCAUUGGUCGUCAGUUCUCAUCUCCGGGGGCCCAAGAAGUCUCUUUGGGAGAUGGUUGCUACUACAAGAAUACCAUUGUGCACGAGGUCAUGCACGCACUAGGCUUUUGGCACGAGCAAAGCAGAUCUGAUCGUGAUAAGUACGUGGAAAUAUACUGGGAGAACAUUAAACCAGAAAAGGAAAGUAAUUUCAUUCGUUAUGGUAGUGACGUCAUCGACAACCUCGGCGUGAAUUAUGACUUUAAAUCCAUUGCUCACUACAAAGCAAACGCCUUCUCAAGGAACGGAGCAAUAACUCUCACAGCUUUGGGAGAUCCGCAAAAUACUAAAAAUGUUGGACCUGGAGAUACUUUGAGUGAGUUGGAUGUUAUCAAAAUCGACCGUUUGUACUGCAGAGAAUCAACGUCGCUUGGUCUACAAGCAGGUGGUCCAAUACCAGAUGACAAAUUUGCUUCUUCUUCCUACAAGGAAUACUAUGGUUUAAAACUUUUCACCCCUAACCAAGGUCGUCUUAAAGGUGGCUCAGCUUGGUGUGCCAGAGCAAAUGACGUGUCAUCAGAGUAUCUCGAAAUUGAUCUUGGAAGUUUACAUGGUGUACGUAAAAUCGCAACUCAAGGAAAUGAAAUAUUUUCUGAAUGGGUCAAAACAUACAUUGUCAAAUACUCUUUGGAUAAAGUGACAUGGCAAACAUACAGCGAAAAUGGCGUCGAGAAGGUGUUCACGGGAAAUACUGACAAAAAUACUAUCGUCGAGAACACGCUUUCAACUGCAAUAAGCGCCCGGUACUUUCGUAUCUAUCCAAAAGAAGCACACGGCUCUCCUUGUAUGAGGGUCGAUCUUUUCAGCGAACCGCUAAGCAAGAUAAGUCCUUGGUCAGAGUGGGGACCAUGUGAUCGACAAAUCUGCAUGAAAAAGAGGCAAAGAUAUUGCACGUCUGCUGAUAUAAACCAGUGCCCAACGGCCGAUGCUUAUGGAGUUGAGACUCAGACUACGGCAUGUACACAAGAAGAAUGCAAUGCCCCUGUUGACGGUCAUUGGGGACGUUGGAGUUCAUGGUCCUCUUGUUCCAAGUCUUGUGACGUAGGAAUUCAUACCAGGACACGCACUUGUACCGAUCCAGCACCACAGUCUGGAGGGGCUGAUUGUCAAGGAAGUAAUACGAUGUCAAGCUCUUGCCAAGAUACACCUUGUAGUUUAGUCCCAGAAGGAUGCGCCUUCACAACAGAUUACUGUAAAUGGAGCCAAGACCCUUCUCAAGAUAUCCCCUGGUAUCGUCGAAGUUAUGUUACCCCUAGUAAAGGCACAGGACCUUCCGCUGAUCAUACAUCACCGGACGGCAGUGGUUACUACAUUUACCUUGAGGCUUCGGGCGUGGCUGUAGGUUCAAAAGCUGUACUUCGUAGCGCUGAACAGACUGGAUCAAAUGAUCAAAAAUGUUUGACAUUCUAUUAUCAUAUGUAUGGAAGCACCAUGGGAGCACUAAAUGUCAAGCUCAAAACAGUAUCAACUGGGGAAACGACAAUUCUCACAUCUCUUAGUGGAAACAGUGGGAACCAAUGGCUGGAGAAAAAACUCACGUUUUCAAGCUCGCAGAAUUACAUUGUGCUGUUCGAGGGAAUACGCGGUUCUCAGUGGAGCUCAGACAUGGCUGUAGAUGACAUCGGUAUAACUUCAGGAGCAUGUAGCUAAACUGGUAUUGAUUCCUGAGAACGUGACAGCUAAUUCCAGAAAAUGAAGGAGGUUAUAUUUACUUAGCAACAGAUAAAGAUUCCAGUUAAAGGCAUAAAAGAAAACUACGAAUACAAAUGGUUAAUUAAAAUGAGUCGGCUUUUCUCAACGAUAAAUAAACAAUAAUAAACUCA